AUGUCACAGAGGAGAAUGGCUUCAGACAACGCCUCCUCUGUGACAGAGUUUAUCCUCGCAGGCUUAACAGAUGAGCUAGAACUCCAGAUCCCCCUCUUCUUCCUGUUUCUAGGUUUCUACAUGGUCACUGUGGUGGGGAACCUGGGCCUGAUAACCCUGAUUGGGCUCAAUUCUCACCUUCAUAUUCCCAUGUACUUUUUCCUCUUCAACUUGUCCUUCAUAGAUGUUAGUUAUUCCACUACUCUGACCCCUAAAAUGCUAAUGGGUUUUGUCACAAAGAGAAACAUCAUUUCCUAUGCAGGGUGUAUGACUCAGUUUUUUUUCUUCUGUUUCUUUGUCUUUUCUGAAUCCUACAUCUUGUCAGCGAUGGCAUAUGACCGCUAUGUUGCCAUCUGUAAACCACUGCUAUACACAGUUACCAUGUCUCCCCAGGUGUGUUCACUCCUUUUGUUGGGUGUAUAUGGGAUGGGAGUGUUUGGGGCUGUGUCCCACAUGGGAAACAUAAUGUUUAUGACCUUCUGUGCGGACAACUUUGUCAAUCACUAUAUGUGUGAUAUCAUUCCCCUCCUUGAGCUUUCCUGCAACAGCUCUUACAUAAAUUUGCUGGUGGUCUUCAUUGUUGUGACCAUUGGGAUUGGGGUGCCCAUUGUGACCAUUUUUAUCUCCUAUGGUUUUAUUCUUUCUAGUAUUCUCCACAUUAGUUCUACUGAGGGCAGAUCCAAAGCCUUCAGUACCUGCAGCUCCCAUAUAAUUGUGGUGUCUCUUUUCUUUGGGUCAGGAGCUUUUAUGUACCUCAAACCACCUUCUAUUUUACCCCUGGACCAGGGGAAAGUGUCUUCUAUAUUCUAUACUGCUGUGGUACCCAUGUUCAACCCAUUAAUCUAUAGUCUGAGGAAUAAGGAUGUCAAAGUUGCCCUGAAGAAAACCUUAGGCAGAAAAUUCUUCUCUUGA